AUGGACACAGAAAAUUUCAUAAGUCAAGGCUUUUGCCUCAAACAUGUUACAUUUUUGAAUAUUUCCAAAAACUUAUUCAAAGAAAUUGCAGUAGUGUCGUUUGACAGGAUGAGCAACUUACAAACGCUAAUCGCUGACAAUUUGCGUGGAGCAGCCGUGGACAAGUGGUCCCUAUCAUCACAUUCUCUCCAAAGGCUUUCUAUUGGGCCCUUGAUUAAAACAAGAGUCAAGGAUUUCACACAAAUGUUCGAAAAUUGUCCAAAUAUUAAAGAAUUGAAAAUAAUGAAAACCGAUUUAUCAACAACUAAUGUAACACGAAUGCUUACACCUCUGAAAGGGUUAUCAUCAUUAACUAUCCUUAAUGGCGAACUGAAGGAAAUUAUUUAUCUGAAUGCUUUUACGAAGUUAGAUUACAUCGAUUUCGGUUUCAACAAAAUUAAGGAAACUCAAGCAAUACAGUUUCAAAAUUUAACUAAUUUGAAAACAUUGGUUCUCAGUAACAAUCGUUUGAAUUCCAUGAAUAAGUCAUUUUUGCCUAGUUUUCUUUGGGAGAGAAAAGACUUCAUGCUUGACGUGUGUUUGAAUCCAUUGGACUGUGGAUGUCAGCUAGAGUGGUUUAGAAUCUGGAUAGAAAACAAUGUUAAUAGAGCCAUAGGAUACCCAGAGAGAUAUAUCUGCGAUUCCCCAUCGGAAUUAAACGGCAAAAGCUUAUCAAACUUUGACCCAGCCUCGGACUGUCAUAUGAUAAGCCCUUAUAUAAUUCUAACUUGUGUUUCACUAGCACUUUUUUCCUUCGUCAUUUUGUCUAUAUAUCUUUUGAGAAAAUUUCGAUGGGAUAUCAAAUAUUACGUUUACAUUUGUAAAAACAGAAAACCUUUCGGCUACAAAAGGUUCACCGAUGAUGAAGCAUUCCUGUACGAUGCUUUUGUUGCUUAUAACACUAAAGAUAGAUACUGGAUUAUGUCUGAACUUGUUGAAAUGGUAGAAAGAAAUGACAAACACAAACUCUGUUUGCAUGAGAGGGACAUCAUUCCAGGCGGUGUGUACGUAGAUGACAUUCUAGAGAGCAUUGAUACCAGCAGGAAAUUCAUUCUAGUGCUUUCGAACAAUUUUAUGGACGACCAAUGGUGCAUGUACGAAGCUGCUCUUGCUAAUCAUACACUGGCGGAUGGCGAUGGUCACAAACUGUUACUGAUUCUGCUAGAGGAUAUUCGUUCUGAACACAUUAAUAAAUCUUUGAAAGUACUCCUUAAAUCAACCUCUUAUGUGGAAUGGACAAAAAAUAAAAAUGGCCUAAAGAUAUUCUGGCAGACUAUCAAACAGUUUAUGAAAAAGUGAUGUGAAAUCCAAAGAAAGACGUAA